CCAAUCCGUAGUCUGAUACGGGCUUUACGACUACAAUAAAGAACAGACCCCAUGUUUUUCGUGGUGCAAACCGACGUCCGACGCAUGCGCGAGACUCGGUCACUCGGGUUGGGUCAAUCCAGGAUUCCAGGAUUUCCAGGGGGAGCGCGUAGACUACAGCGGAUGAGCGGAGCGAGAGGGUUUUGUGCAACUAGACUGUGCUCGCCCGACCAGAGUUGUUUCCGCCAAGUAAUCAAAUCGAAUGGGGAUUGGGGCGAGUGAAGAUUGGGAAAGCAGCGACGAGGCGUGAGUGAGAUAUCGGUAGGGCCAUGGCGUACGUCAACGUAGCCGACUGGCAGCCGCAUCAGGUGUGCGAAUGGCUGAAAGGUUUGGAUAACACCGUACUGCCCUAUAUUCAUAGCUUUCUAAAUCACAGUGUCAACGGGAAACGAUUGUUGAACUUGCAAUCGCAAGACUUGCAGCGUUUGGAUGUAAUAAAGCUCGGCCAUCAAGAAAUCAUUCUCGAGGCUGUGGAAAGCCUCCGAAGGUUUCAUUACGAGCUGGAGACGGAGAAUCUGCAAGUGCUGGCGUUGCGACUUUCGACCGAGGCGCACAGCUUGCACAAUGAAUUAUGUUGCAAAGACGAUUUCCAGCCUGUUACCACUGAAACCUUGGCGCACGUAGCGUCACUUAUGACCACGGUCAAACCUUUAAUGAAAUGGAUGGAAUACCCUCCGUUCUGUGGCCAAAUAGAAUAUCAGGCCAUUAAGGUCAAUUUAAUGAAGAUAUCUCUAGAAAUGGCUACGUGCGCGCAAAGAGACAGAUUUGCCGAUAAGCCGGUGAAAGAGAUAAGAACUACUUCUAGCAAACUGGCGAGAUUAGCCGAUUACAUUAUUCAAGAUGUUACCGAUCCGAUAAUACUUGAGCCUGCGAGUUUAGAUCUGGUAACGUUAAGGAAGAAAUCUAGCGACGAUUUGGGUUUUUCCAUCUUGCCAUCCUUUCAUGGAGUGCACCAGAUUACUGAAGUUAAACCUGGAGCCGCUGCGCAUCAGUCUCGCAAAAUGCUGGAAGGAGAUGAGAUAGUACAAGUAAAUUAUCAAGCGGUCAUUGGUUGGGAGAGAAAGAGUUUGCUUGAAUUAUUCCGACAAAGCCCAGCGGAAAUCCUCUUGACCAUAAAACGUAGACCAAAGCAUAAAAAAGUUUUUGGCAAACUUUACAUAAAACCGUAUAAACUUCCAAGUAACAAAAACACCUCUUACACAGCACAAGCGUGUAAUCUUCCAUCCCCUAGACCAGAAUUAUUAACAAUACCCGACUAUGCAAUGCCAUCACCUAGAUUUAUGCCAAAGAAAAUCGACCCGGAAGCAGCAAGCUUCUUAGAUGCACUCGAACAGUUGGAUACGAUGACUACGGAUAGUAGCGAGUCUGAUAUCGAAGCAGAGUUGCCACUUUAUCCUAAACCAAGACACAUACCUCAAAGGCGAGCUACGAUAACGGGUGCCAGUCCGACGAGGAAAUAUGGUUCCGAUAUCCAAGAGUUGUGGGAGGAGUUGAAACGAGAGCACAAAAUGACUGUUGAGUUGCGUGAUAAAGCAGCACCUGGCUUGGAGAAUGUGCCAAUGGUAAAUAUACGGCCUCAAACGUGUUUAGGAUUAGAACCGCCAAAAAGGAAGAAGAAGACUAAUGAGCAAACGAAUAGAAAGGUGCAAUUUAAUAGCACUCGUCCAGAUGAUACGAAAGAAAAAGUUAUUCUUACGGAAAACUCUGAUGACGAUGGUGCGAAUAAUAAUGGUGUAAAUAAAGAUCUUGAUAUAGGAGGUUUGCAAGCACCCAUGGGUAAUGUCAUUGAUAGCAAUAAUUUUAACGAUACAGCCGUGCCUUUAGAUGAUUCGAAUAAUUCUAUUAGCGAUACAUGUAGUACUAAUGAGAGCUUGCCGAAUAACAAAGAAAUCGACGUCGAGAACUAUAGUACCUCUGCAUACAAUCUAUCGGGUACCAAGAAAAUACCCAACAAUAAUUUGACCAAAACUGACGUUGGUAAAGUUAUCGAGAAUGUUGGUGAUAAUAAAAAAUUGAGUAGUGAGCAUCGAGAGAUAUCAGCUAGAAGAUACGAUGGUAAUGUCGCGCAAAAGAUUAGUAGCAUCGAAAAACAGAUUGCGCAUGAAAAUGCAGAACAAACGUGUGCCUUUGGUGUGCCUAAAAGAAUAGACUCGCAUAAAGAUAAUACACGUGUUACGAUAAAUGAUGUAAAUCUUGAAAAUAGCACAGAGGACAAAAAUCAAAAUGAUUAUGAACAUGAUAUGUCAGACAUAAGUGGUAAAAAGUAUGCUGUCAAAAGAACAAGUACCGAAUGUGAGAACGUCAAAUACUCGAAAACUAUUGAUCUGAAAGAUUUGGCGUGCGAGCAUCAUGAGAAUGCUGAUUGUAGUACUUUAGAAAUAUCAAACGGUAAAAGGAAAUGCAGUAAUAUUAAUCACAUUAGUAGUAGUAGUAGUAGUAGUAGCAGUAGUAGUAGCAGUAGCAGUAGCAGUACUAGUACUAAUACUAAUACAAAUACUAAUACCAAUAGCAAUAGUAGGAGUAGUAGUGAUGGUGGUGGUGGCGGUAAUAGUAGUAGUAGUAGUAGUAGUAGCGGUAGUAACAACAAUAACGACAGUAGCGAUAGUAGCGGUGGUGGCGGUGGUGGUGGUGGUGGUAGUAUUAACCACAGCAAUAACAUUGAAAAAAACAAAUUACAAACGUUUGAUUGUACUUUAGCAACUCGGCAAGAAUUGCUGGGAAAAAAGUGUUCCUCAGUGCUACCGAGAGAGAAUUGUGCCGAGUUGAAAACAUCACCAAAUAAUAAUAGUAAAUUAAUGAAAGAUGAUAUAUCGAAUGUCACUCGUAACGUUUUAAAGAUGCAGAUUGACAUAAGGCAGCAAAGUAAAGAAAUGAAAUCUGGAGACUCGUCUUCACAGGCAACAGUACAGUCCUGCCGCUAUAUACCAAAGAUCGAGUCUGGAAAACUGGAUAAUAAGCCUCAUGCGACACCCCCAGAACCACCGCCUCGUAAAUAUUAUGCAAAGCAAACAAUGACCGAGUUGAAACAAUGUUCGGAGGAUUCGCGAAAACCUCAAGUUCCAGAGAGAGUCGGCAUAAAAGGAGAAUGUAAAAAAGUAGAUUUAAGUUUAUGUGUUAAUCAUAUUAAAAGCAAUUCGGAUUGUCAAGAUAAAAAGGAUUCUUCAAGUGUGCUUAAUUACACAGAAAAUUCAAUGGACUUAAUUGGCCAAGGACCAACUGUAAGUUUAAGCGAUCAAAAACUUGAUCGUUUAAACUUGUCCGAUGCUUCAUUGUACGAUGAAAGUAAUGACAAGCAAUCGAGAGAGGAAAAAUGUUGUUUUGAAACAUAUGUUGAAAAAUUGGUUUGCUCGGAUCAAUCCAUAACAGACUGUUAUAGGUUUGAUCAUUCUCCUCGCAAUAUCGAUAUUCCUGACGGUAUAACACACUCGAAACAAACGAUAUCGUCAGAUUUUAAGUCGAGAUCAGAGAAGGAUAAAAGUAAUGAGAAAAGUGUUGUUAAUAGAGCUAUGAUGGUAGCUAAGAGUAUCGGCUUACAUAGUAGUUUAAAUAAAUGUAAUAGCAGUCCAAGAAGCAAUAGAAAACGGAAUGUCUUGCUGGCAAAGGGAAGAAGUGUGUCCGUACGAGACAUUAAUGCUGGCGAUUUAGAAGGGUGGUUGACGUAUCGUAGUAGAGGAGCGGGUGGUGCCUGGGCAAAGGCCUGGUUUGUAUUAAAGUGUUCAUCAUUGUACAGAUUUAAAACACAGGAGAGUGUAAAGGCAGACUGCUUGAUCGUAUUAACGGGUUUCACCAUAUCGCCGGCUAGCGAAGUAAAAUCGAGAAAGUAUUCCUUCAAAGUGUAUCAUACGGGAACGGUGUUUUACUUUGCUGCCGAUACCGAAGACUCUUUGAUUCUCUGGCUGGAUGCAAUUAGCAAAGGCACUUUAGGUGCGGACGCUCAAAACCCCCAAAGUAUCGGAUUCUUCAGCGAAACCGACGAGAGCGAUAGCGAGAGUCACAAGAGUAAGGCAAAGUCGUCGGAAUCGUCGAAAUUAAGCCCGGAGAAAUCGUUUGGCUCUUUGAGAAAGCUCGUACGAAGAGAUCACGAGAUUGCUGCUGGCGCGAGCUUGGAUCGAAAAUAUUUGAAAUUUCUCAGUGCGAGAAGUCAGAAUAUGCCUGUGCCAACGGCGCAAUUUCGAAGUUACAGACGGGUGGUGCCUACGUCGACACCAAACAAGAAAGAAGUUUGCAAUUCAAAUGCUCCAGAUUUACAAAUGACCAUUGCCGGUAGUACGUUCUACGGUACGACGACGUCGCAGAGAGCUACGGAUACGCCCAACAAUUCAGACAUCGAUGAUUAUCGGCACGCUGCGGACAGAUCUGUUGGUAAAAGGCCGGACAUUCUUCAAGGUUUCGUAAUGCAACAAGAUUUCGUGACAUCGCAGCGAGACGAAGAGCAGCGAAGGCAAAGUAUGGCAAACGAAUCCGUGUCUCCGCGCACAUCUCUGCACAUACAGCAUAGGAACUUGAACGAUAAUGCGGCGUACACCGAGCAAAUUAGGAGACAAUUAAGUGACAUAUCUUUGAAUGACAUUGGCAAUAUUUAUGGCAAGACUAACGAUGAAAUACCGAAUAACAACAUGACGUAUAUUCAGUCAAACAAGUGCACGAGUGUACACACGCCUCGUCAGUCGAUAAAUUGUCGAGCUGUCCGAGCCGAAAGCGAAGCAAAUUGCGAUCAACCUUGCGGCAGGUGCAUAGCGAUUGGACAGAAAAAGACGUGCGACUCGUCAAGUUAUGCGCAGAAGAGAAGAGCGCAGGAAUUUGUGAAUUCUCAGAAAGCUCGACACGACGAUUCGUUUAAUCAGAGAAAUCAAAGUGCAGACUACGAGCAGCUUAACAAGCGCUUGCAAUCUCCCAAUCACGAGAGCUACCAGAUGCACCAUCUUUCGUCAAGGAAUAUCGGAUAUUCCGUGUCCAGUAGCGACCUCGCGACAUCGUCUGAAACGCAGCAGUGCGUAAGGAAAGACGUGUCGAUUAAUCGGAAGGAGAGUUUCAAUUCUUCCGAGAGACACUGGCUAGAUUCGCUGAGACGCGGCGAUAAAAAUCGUCUGAAAAACGUAGCGCAGUACCAACCACCACCCAUACCGACGUCGCCCUUCGAGCAAGAAGGAAUGCGCGCCGCGUUCGAAAUGCAUUUGGAUAAAAGCGAUCGCGUGCAGAAAGCGAGUCGACUGAAGAGUUUAUUCGGUGGCAAACAGCCAAAAUUAGAAGCAGGCUCGCCGCGGUUCAACAGAGCGCUAUUUCGUGACAAGUGUUGCUCCUCUCAUGCCGAUAGUUGUGUCAACAACAACAACAACAGCCCUUCUCAGACGUUGACUGCAACUUUUGGUUCAACUAGUUCGGUGAAUGAUUCGAGUGCGGAUAACAAUGCGACAGCAUCCUCUAGCGUAUCAAAGAGCUUUACGAAUUCUGGCAGAAAUGUCGCACCUCCAGUCUUACCGUACAUACCACCACCGACAUCUCCGCCACCCGAUUAUCCUGCUUUAGUAUAUUACUCUCUCUCGGAUGCGUCAUUGCUGCGCAGUCGCAAGAAAAGUAGUCGAAACGAAUGAAAGAAAAGGAGAGUGAAAUUCAUCUUUUCGAUUAAGCAACCAAAGAUAACAAUCUGACAGAGUUCCGCGCGAGUGAAUUAACCAUAUUUCUAUGUAUAUGUAGUUGUAUAGAAAUUAUUUAUUUCAAUAUCUUACGAAUCAAGUAUAAUAAUAUGAAAGACUGAUCUGAAUGUUAUUUAACUUGAGGCAAUAAUUUGGAAAUUGAUUACAUAUUCUUGUAGGCUAGGUGUAUGUAAUAAUAUUUUUCAACAAUCAAUAACCCCAUGAUAUUGUAUUUAUAAGAUGAGAAAAAUGUGCGUGUGUUUUUAAUAACAUGGUAAGAAAAUGAUGUAUUUUGUA